AUGUAUGGACUUAAACAGGCACCAAGACAGUGGAAUGCCAAACUUUCUGAAGCACUACUGAAGUUUGGUUUCAUGCAGAGUCAACAUGACCACUCAUUGUUCAUAAACGAAACAUGCAAAAACACUAUAGUCAUUUUGGUGUAUGUGGAUGACAUGCUCCUCACUGGUCCUGAUCUGAUACUAUUAAAAGAGGUCAAAGCUAAACUGCAGCAGGAUUUUAAGAUGAAAGAUCUAGGCGAACUGAAAUACUUCCUUUGCAUUAAGUUUGCCAGGUCACAGCAAGUCAUUCUAAUGCACCAAAAGAAGUACACAUUGGAAUUGAUCUAUGAACUUGGGCUGGGAGCUGCAAAAACAGCUGUCACACCUAUUGAAGCCAACAUUAAGCUAACCACAAAGGAGUAUGAUGAACAUACUGGCAUUCACAACACAACAGAUAAUGAAUUGUUGCCAGUUGCUAGAAAGUAUCAAAGACUACUAGGCAAACUACUCUACCUGACUGUCACAAGACCAUACAUAGCUUUUAGUGUUCAGACACUAAGUCAGUUUAUGCAAAAAUCCAAAAGAUCUCAUAUUGAAGUUGCACAAAGGGUAAUCAGAUAUGUGAAGAAUCAGCCUGGACAAGGCAUACUUUUGUCUACCAAGAAAAAGAACAUUAUUACAACUUAUUGUGAUGCUGACUGGGCAGCUUGCCCUCUCACUAGAAAAUCAGUAACUGGCUUCUUCAUUAUGUGUGGUGACUCACUAGUGUCAGGGAAGUCAAAAAAGCAGAGCACUAUCUCUAGGAUUUCUGCAGAAUCAGAAUACAAAAGCAUUGCAUCAACUCUGGCAGAGUUAGUUUGGAUACUUGGAUUGUUUAAAGAUAUUGAAGUGUCAAUUGCUCUUCCUGUGAACAUCCACACUGAUAGCAAGGCAGCGAUUCAAAUAGUUGCUAAUCUAGUGUUCCAUGAGCGUACCAAACACAUUGAGAUAGAUUGUCAUUUCGUAAGGAAAAAGAUACAAAUGGCUGGUGAAGACAUAGUAUGUGGCCACUAA